AUGUCGUACCCACCCCGCCGCGACCAACAUGCCUAUUACGAGGAUGCGUACGGUGCCACGACCCCUCAGCGCUCGUCUGCCGAUGUCUACGCCGCCGUGCCCACCAAUCACGAGGCGAUGAUGAACCACUCGUACUCGACCCCUUACGAUGACAUCGCCUCGCCGAGUCCGCGCCAUGACCCUCUCGCCACGCCCCCCAUAUUCCAAGACGACGGACAGUUCCCCGUACGGAGUCAAAGCUCCACUUCUUUUGGUGACCAGCACGACCCUUACGCUCGUUACGACGCUCGCACCGGAUCGACCUAUUCGCUGGGCGGGGACGGUCAGUCGCAGCUUGGUCUCAACCCGCGGUCUCCGAGCGGUUUGGGCGUGUACGACAAGUACGAAGACCACGAGAUGAGCGACAAGAGCAAUCGACGAGGGACGGCAACCGUCGCGGGGGGCCGCAAGCUCGCUAAGGAUGGCAAGGACGGAUUUUGGGCCAGGCUAUCCGGCCGAGGUCGAAAAUUCUUGCUUUUGCUCGCUCUCGUCAUCCUGCUCAUCAUCGCCGUUGUCGUCGCGAUCCCGACCGCGAUCAUCACGCGCAAGGAUGAAAAGUCGGAUGCUGCAUCGGGCUCGUCAGGAACGACGGGCAGCGGCACACACACCACUUCGGCGACGGCAGCCAAAGGGAUCCCGACGGGCGCGAGCGGAUCAAAGGACUGGAAGACCGCGGCGUACGGAGGCGACGGUUCAAUCGUGUACACCGAGGACGGCUCGUCGUUCACGUACAACAACUCGUUCGGUGGUUUCUGGGUGUCGAUCCCGUUCAACGAUACGGCCCAAGCCCAGGACGAUGUCCCGCCUCUCAAUAAGGAGUGGGACUACUCGGUCGACCCUAUCAAUGGCGUCAACCUCGGUGGCUGGUUAACAAUGGAGCCCUUCAUCACCCCUUACAUGUUCGAGCCUUUUAACUCGCCCAGCAACUCGCCCAACGCGACCAAUAACGCCAUCGACGAAUGGCACUUGUCCCAAGCGCUCGGCUCGAACCUCACUUCAGUCAUCACGAACCACUACGAGACGUUCAUAACCGAGAAGGACUUUGCCGAGAUCGCGGGCGCGGGGCUCAACUGGGUGCGCAUCCCGAUUCCGUGGUGGAUCAUUGAAGUGUGGGAUGGUGAGCCGUUCCUCGCCAACGUCGGAUGGACCUACUUCCUCAAGGCCAUCGUCUGGGCGCGCAAAUACGGCAUUCGCAUCAACCUCGACCUGCACGCAGUCCCCGGUUCGCAAAAUGGCUACAACCACUCGGGCAAGCAAGGCUCGAUCAACUUCUUGAACGGCGUCAUGGGUAUCGCGAACGCGCAACGUACGCUCGACUACAUUCGCACCUUGACCGAGUUCAUUAGCCAGCCCCAGUACAAAAACGUCGUGCCCAUGUUCAGUGUGCUUAAUGAGCCUUACGGAGCCACGAUCGGCGCCGAUGCGCUUCGACACUUGUGAGUGGUUUGCUGCAUUAAAUCCCCUGUGAACUCAGAUCGGGUCUCUGAGGCUGUUUGUGACCCACAGCUACUACGAGACGUACUCGAUGAUGCGCAACAUCACCAGCUUAGGCACCGGCAACGGACCAUUCAUCACCUUCCACGAUGCCUUCUUCGUUCUCAACACGACCGACAGCGGUGGCUGGCUCGGAUGGAUGCCCGGAUCGGAUCGUGUCGCGCUCGAUCGUCACCCGUACUUGUGCUUCGCCGCGCCGAACAAUGACGGUCUGUCGUACCAAGCCGCCAAGCCGUGCUCGUACUGGGCUGCCGAGAUGAACCAGACGACGAGGGACUUUGGCCUCGCCGUCGCGGGAGAAUGGAGUCUGGCGAUCAACGACUGCGGCAAGUGGCUCAACAACGUCGGCAACGGGAACCGAUACGACGGCACGUACUACAUCCCCAACACGAACGCGACGACGCCCCAAUACGCUUCGGUCGGGAGCUGCGACCCGUGGAAUGUGAGUCUUCGCGCGCGAGCGUGUCUUUACAGUACUGGACUGAGGCUGAUAAUGAUUCGCGUGUGCUUUCAACAGGACUACGCGAGCUGGAACUCUUCGAUCAAGCAAGGUUUGAAACUUGUCGCGACGGGCCACAUGAGCGCGUUACGCCACUGGUUCUUCUGGACGUGGAAGACGGGCUACUCGGAAACACUCGGCAAGAUCGCGAACCCGAUGUGGAACUAUCAACUCGGCUACCGCAACGGCUGGAUCCCGCAGAACCCUCGAGACACGCGCGAUGCGUGCGCGUCGCUCGUCAAGGACAAUGGCUUCACCGUCUCGAUGCCGAACAACCCUGCUCCGACGCUCGCGACUUGGAUGACGGGUGGUGCCGGUGCCGGUACGCAGCAGAAUCCGGCCUUGGUCAGCACCUACAGCCAGUGGCCUCCGACCAUGCUGGGGAACUACACCGUUGCCAACUUGCCGCAGUACACGCCGACGGCUUCAAUCAUCACCCUGCCCGUUUCGACGCCGACGACGUACCCUCCCGGUUACUCGGCCGUCACGACCGCUGGUACGGGAUGGUUCAACAGCGCCGACACGGCUGGCUUUAUGACCGAGAUCCCGGGCUGCACGUACCCCAACCCUUGGGAGGGUGUCUCAGCAACAGCCCCGACGUCGCCUUGCACGGGCACGGCCAAUGCUCGAGCCAAGAGGGACGUCGUCGACGUUGCGUCGCCGCUGAGGACACCUCCCCUAGUAUCUCGACGAAGAAUAUGA